AUGGCUGUCAACGCACUCAAAAAUGUGGUUGUGGUAGGAGGGUCAUAUGUUGGGAAGGCCGCAGCCAAAGAACUCGCAAACCUCCUUCCCUCGUCUCAUCGAGUCAUCCUCAUAGAACCCCACACCCACUUCCACCACCUCUUCGCCUUCCCCCGCUUCGCCAUUCUCCCCUCGCACGAACACAAAGCCUUCAUCCCUUACACCUCCCUCUUUUCCUCCUCCUCCUCUUCCCCUUCCUCCCAUCUGAUCCUCCCCGCCAAAGUCCUCUCUCUGUCUACCUCGCCCAAGGGCAAUAACCUCCUCACCCUCGACCGGCCCGUUUCUUUUUCCUCUUCCCCUUCCUCCUUCUCUUUGGAGAAAACAACCAAAAUCCCCUUCGACUUUCUCCUCUGCGCAACCGGCACCCGCCUUUCUCCACCCGGCACCUCCCCCCACGACACCAAACCUCUCUCCAUUUCGUUCCUACAAUCCUUCCAAAACGCCAUCGCCCACCCUGAGACCAAACACGUGGUGAUUGUGGGGGGUGGCGCAGUGGGGGUGCAAAUGGCUUGUGACCUCAAGGAGCUGUACCCCGCUAAGCGCGUGACGCUGGUUCAUUCGCGCGAGCAGUUGAUGCCUGUUUAUCAUGAACAACUGAGCGAGAUUAUCAAGGAGCGGUUUGCUGAACUGGGGGUGGAAACGGUACUUGGAAAAAGGGCGGUGGUGCCGCCGGAGGAAGGGGGGUGGGCACUCCCGGUGCCUGGAGAGGAAAGGGAGAAAAAGAUGGAGGUGAGAUUGGUGGAUGGGAGUGUGGUGGAGGGGGAUGUGGUGGUGCAGGCUACGGGGCAGGAGGCUAAUAAUCAGUUCUUGAUGGGGUUGGAAGAGAAAGAAGAGGAGAGGGGGAGGGUGAUUAAUCCCAAAAAUGGGUUUGUCAAGGUGAAGCCGACGAUGCAGUUCGCUGAUGAACGGUUUUCGGACUUCAUGUUUGCUGUGGGCGAUAUUGCGGAUUCGGGGGCGCAUAAAGCGGCGAGGCCAGGGAUGGUGCAGGCAGCGGUGGCGGCGAGGAAUUUGGUUAAGCUGAUUGAGGAAGGGAAGAAUGCGGAAGAGUUGGAGAGCGUGGAGGUUCAGCCGGCGGCGAUACACUUGACGCUUGGUUUGACCAAGAACGUCAUCUUCAGAAACCCCAAUCCCGCUGCUGGCCAGACCGAACCGACGUACACGUUGAAGGAUGAUGGCAGUACGGAUAUGGGCGUUGAUCGGCUUUGGGUUAUGAACGGCAUCAAGGUUACCAGACCGCAGGAGUAUCAUCUAUAA